AUGUUGAUUGACUAUGUGAACAAACCCUCACUAUCAACAACAAACCCUCACUCCACACAUGUGAUAUCAACAACAAACCCUCACUCCACACAUGUGAUAUCAACAACAAACCCUCACUCCACACCUGGGAUAUCAACAACAAACCCUCACUCCACACAUGUGAUAUCAACAACAAACCCUCACUCCACACAUGUGAUAUCAACAACAAACCCUCACUCCACACAUGUGAUAUCAACAACAAACCCUCACUCCACACCUGGGAUAUCAACAACAAACCCUCACUCCACACAUGUGAUAUCAACAACAAACCCUCACUCCACACAUGUGAUAUCAACAACAAACCCUCACUCCACACAUGUGAUAUCAACAACGAACCCUCACUCCACACAUGUGAUAUCAACAACAAACCCUCACUCCACACAUGAGAUAUCAACAACAAACCCUCACUCCACACAUGUGAUAUCAACAACAAACCCUCACUCCACACAUGUGAUAUCAACAACAAACCCUCACUCCACACAUGUGAUAUCAACAACAAACCCUCACUCCGCACAUGUGAUAUCAACAACAAACCCUCACUCCACACAUGUGAUAUCAACAACAAACCCUCACUCCACACAUGUGAUAUCAACAACAAACCCUCACUCCACACAUGUGAUAUCAACAACAAACCCUCACUCCACACAUGUGAUAUCAACGUACGUACGUUUUGGUACGUUUUGGUGA